AUGGGUCGCGACAGUGAGCCUCAGACCUCACGAGUCCAAAAAUCGCCACAAAGCACGUCACGGCGAUCGUCUCAACCCAGGCUCGCCAAAGUAGCAAAAAAGACCCGUUUGCGGCGGCCUCGUCCUGUUGAGCCAGGCUCUGUUGUCGACAUUAUCCGGCAGCACCCUGGCAGUCGGCUCUUCGAACGGAUCUUGUGCUGGACAGACCAGCAUGCACAGCUCCUCGGCGUCCAGUUCAACAAGCUGCCAAAGUGCGAUACUCCUAUACCAGUGAAUGAGCCUGGCUCACCGCCGCCCAAAGGGCACAUGCAGCCUUCGAGAACCAUCACGACUCUUAGUGACAAGCUCACGUAUAUCCUCUCGUACAGGAGUACUGAUCCUGAUGAUUUGUGCGCGACUGUACGCACAAUCAUGGGCACGCUCUGGCCCGCCACCUUCUGUCGGGUUGUUGGUUUCGGAAAAUUGCAUCUCUAUUUCGGAGACAAAGUUUACCACGACGCUGUCAAAACCCAAUGCAUUUGGGCAUACCCAGGCGGCCAUUUUCUACCGUCACAAAGUUCCUUGAGCACCGCGCAGUCAACACAAGAAACAGCUUCACAGUCGGCAUCACAGUCGCAACAGUCGUCGACUUCGCGGCAACAUCUCCUGACCGACAGUCCUAUGGUUUGCUACAUGAGCAAAGCGAAGCUAGAGUCGAUGCGGACAAAAAUGUUUUACAUCUUGUCUUGCCCCAACGGCGAUCUCAACAAACCCGUUCACAACCUACGCAGACUGUGGGCCAAGGCCCUCGCGCCAAGCAACGCGGACGCGGAUGCUCCCAUUGCGGGCAUCAUGCUUGCCAUGGCCCAAAGGCAUUUCUACGCGAACCAGUGCGGCAGAGAAAAAUCUCCAGCCAAGAAAGAUAAACCAUUCCAUGAUGUGAGGAUGCGCCUCUUGACACACGAUUCCGAGACGGCUGAAUUCCUUGUCUAUACAGGCCACAUCACAGCGACCUUUUUGGAGCACUUUCGGCGGCCACACAAGAUGCCGUCCGCCACAAAGUUUGACGGGGGCCUCGGCCUGAAGAUCGACUACGUGAGGGUCCCCAUUUGGCCGAUUCUAGGGCUGCGAGAGCGACUCGGGAAGGCGCUCGGCGAGGACCUCGUGGGAUCCUUUGAUCCGGCGGUCAUGGAAACGUGGGAAGAGGAUGUCGUCGAGGCACCCACGUCGAUCGGCAGCAAGCGGAAACGGAAGGCGCUUGUCGAACUCGUGAAUAGAAGCUUCGAGGAGUCGGACGACGAACAGCCCUCUCCCACCCGCGGCAAGAAAAAAUGCAUACGGCCCGGAAUCCAACUGCAAGCCGCGGCCUAG